CGCUCGGGCUUUUGUUCCUAUUGCGCCGGGCACAGGGGCAGCUCGAGUUGAGACUCCUGCCGAAGCUUCUCCCUCAUCCCCCGCACCACAUCCUCUGCUCAGAUGUUCAGCCAGCCAGGGUGUUAGUGUCAGCCGUCUCUGGUGCCUCUGUGUGAACUUGCGGGCAGGGCUGCUGCUGGGACCCAGGGCAGCAGCAGCAGGGAGGAGGCUGUUGAUUGAGCCGGAUUUAAAGGGGACUUGUGCUGCAAACAAUGCUCAGCAGCAGCAUCUGGAGCAGCCCUGGGGACCCAGCUACACAUUGCUACACACACAGCCAGGCGCAAUGACAGCAGCUGCCUGGAGUGGCUGCGGGCAGCAGGCAGGAGCAUGAAAUGAACGGAUCACUGCAGUGCUCAAGAUGAACUCCACCUUGGUUGGUAACCAGAGUGGGCGGCCAUUCUGCCUCCUGGCCAUUAGCUACUUGGAGACCAUAAAUUUUUGCCUCCUGGAGGUGAUUAUAAUAGUGUUUCUCACCGUGCUGAUCAUUUCAGGCAAUAUUAUAGUGAUAUUUGUCUUUCACUGUGCACCUUUACUGAACCACCACACCACCAGCUACUUCAUCCAGACGAUGGCAUAUGCUGACCUCCUGGUGGGUGUGAGCUGUCUGGUGCCUUCUUUGUCCUUACUCCACUAUCCCAUUGUUUUGAGAGAGUCCUUGGUUUGCCAGGUCUUUGGUUAUGUGGUAUCUGUGCUCAAAAGUGUCUCCAUGGCCUCUCUGGCUUGCAUUAGCAUUGAUAGAUACAUUGCCAUCACCAAACCACUGACCUACAAUAGUCUGGUCACCCCGUGGAGACUUCGCGUCUGCAUCCUGAUCAUUUGGUUGUACUCCUGUGUAGUCUUCUUACCUGCCUUCUUUCACUGGGGAAAGCCUGGAUAUCAUGGGGAUGUGUUUCAGUGGUGUGCCGACUCCUGGUACACUGAUCGCUAUUUCACUCUCUUCAUUGUGAUGAUGCUCUAUGCCCCUGCCGCUUUCAUCGUCUGCUUCACAUACUUCAAUAUCUUCCGCAUCUGCCAGCAGCACACCAAGGAAAUCAAUGAAAGGCGAGUGCGCUUCAGCUCCCAGGAUGGGGAGGCUGGGGAGGCACAGCACUGCCCCGACAAGCGCUAUGCCAUGGUUCUCUUCCGCAUCACCAGUGUCUUCUACAUCCUCUGGUUGCCCUACAUCAUCUAUUUUUUGCUGGAGAGUUCUGCUGUCUAUAGAAACCAUACUGCAUCCUUUUUGACCACUUGGCUUGCCAUUAGCAACAGUUUCUGCAACUGUGUCAUUUACAGUCUCUCCAACAGUGUGUUUCAGAAGGGGCUUAAGCGCCUCUCGGGAGUUGUUUGCACCUCUUGCGCAAGACAGAGGGUAGUUAAGGACUCCUCAACUUCUAGGAGCAAAAGACCUUCCAAUGGAUGCCAUGUCUAAGGAGCAGAUUGCUGUGACUGGGAAAUGCAGGCAGUCAUGUAAAUUGCAAAAUAAGUUAGAAACAGUUUUAAGAUGUCCAGGUUAGCAAAAAGGUUCCUGAGAAAUGCUGCUGACACAAAAAUCAGGAGCGUAUAUUAUUUUCACUUUAAAAUUUCAUUGUUGUGUUAGGGUAUGUGGUGUGUGAUGUCCAUAUUCAUUUUAAGAAUAAAGCUGUAUCCUGACAUUUUUUCUGGCAUAACUGAAUGUAGUGGGUGUGUGUGAGCUUCAGCAACUUUUUUUUUACAGCUUUACGAGGCUGUUUCAAGAUUUAUGCGUCACAUAGAAAUGAUUUCUCUCAAGUGGAAGUGUUAUAGUGUAGUGGUGUAUUGCAGGGAUUUUUUUGUGUGUAUGCCAAAGCAUACUGACUCUGUGUGUUCUUACACUGAAAUCUAGGGGGCCAAAUGGUUUGUCUUUCAGCUCUGUCUAGGCAGAGCUCUAGAAUAUAGUGAAUAAUGUGAACACUUCAACAUUAACUUAAACUUGUAAUGAGCCAUGAAUGCAGCAAUGUGAUCAAAACAGUGAGACACUUUUGAAAACUGAUCUGGUCUCUGUGCCCCAUUUUACUGGUAGAAUACUUGUAUGUGAUUGGAGUACAGUAUUUGCAUUUUUCUUUUUGAGCAGCUUGGAUCAGACCAAAGUUAGCAUUUUAAUAAAACAUCUUUUAUAAGCUAAGAAAAAAUAGUUGCUGUUUUAUGACAUCAGAAUUGUGGCAGUGAUUUGAGGAUGAUGCCUAGUUGUGAAAAUUAUUCUCAAAACACUGGAGAAAAGCUACUUCUGUUUGGAAAUUACUCAAGAACAACUAAAAAAAAAUCUGACCUGUUUUUUUAUCUAAAUUCUUCUGAUAUUUUACAUACUAGAACUUAAGGGGAAAAGGAAAGAAAAUUGUAGUUUAACCAGCCAAGGGAGCUAUGUUAUAAAUUUAACUACAGCAUUUGAGUUAUGGAUAACUGAACACACAGCUAAAUCAGGCAUUUAUCUUUAAUCCCAGGAAGCCUAAAGAAGGUUCGAAUAUAGCAGGAGCUAAUUCCUUUUGGCAAGCAUCUGUCAUAAACUGGUCAAACCAAGUACACUAUCUGAGAAACCAAGUUUUCGGUGAUUACAACUUUUUAGGGCUGGUUUAGAAUGGAGGCUUUUUGUGUGCUGUAAAGUCAUCAGGAAUGCACUGUGGCCCUCAACUAAAUUCAUUCUCUUUAAAAAUGCCAUUAACUCUUUAUUGAUUCAUGGAGCACUAUUUUAGUAGCUAAAGUGUCUGCAAAAUAUAAAUUCUUAACAGUAAUGGAUUGUAUUUUUCUAUCUCUGUGUCCUCAGUACAGGGAUGUGUAUUUUGUUCUGUUUUUUUCUCCCUUCACGUAAUACAUACCACAACCGAUCUACAGCUCACUUUUUUCAACGUGCAUCCAGUCUCUGUGUGCAAUAGGAGUGGGUUCUGGGGAAUUCUUUGAGCUCUCCACGUGUGUAGGAGUUGCAGUCACUGUGUGCUCUCAGUGCACAGAGGGACUGAACAAAAACCUAUGAGAAAUGGGUUACAAGACUUCUAAGACCUGGAGAAGUCUCUCUAGCUCAAGGGAAAAAUCACAAUUUGUGUUAUAAAAUAUAUUUAACUCAGAUCUUGGUUUUCUACCAUAGUAUGUCAUCCAUGAUGAAAGCUUACAAAGAUAACUUCCUCCUAUAGAUCCCCCAAAAUGUAAGAACAAAGGCUGUUGUAAUCCUGAUGCUUUUGUGGCCACUUUAUUAAUCAUUAUUUAUAUUGUGGCGCACCUAGAAAGCAGGGUCCCUUUUGCUUGGCACUGUGCAAAUAUAAAACAAAGAGACUGUCCCUAUCUCUAAGGGACAUGCUAUCUAAAUUUAAGGCUAAAGACAACAGGUGGAUAUGACUGACAGCAGUGGGGAGCUGAGGGUAACAGUGAGACAGUUAGGAAAGAUGUAGUAAGCAAGGGUCGCACCAGCUGGCUAAUCAUUCUCAAGUGUUUUGUAAGCAUUAUAGCAUAGAUGGUUUUUAAGGAGAGAUUUAAAGCUUUAAGUGACUAAUAUUUAGCAUUUAUGUUCAGUAUUAUUGAAAUACCCCUCAUGCAAAACACCACUGCUUUUCCAUGGUUCUGAGCUGUACUUAAAGUUUCAAGUGUUUGCGUAGAUAUAAUCUAAGCAUUAAAACAGCAUUUAACAUCAAGAUGAUUUAUGUCAGAUUUAUCCACUGGGUCCUAAAAUCCAUCACAGUAGGGUAUUAGGCGUAAGUGGAGGUCUGAAGGCAAAUAUUGCUGCAUCUUUCAGUUUGUGCACCAGGAAGGAGCAGUUGAAUGUUAGUGUACAGUAUAUUUGGGAAUAAGUGAAUUUAGCAAAAAUGAGGCGACUAAAUCCUGACAUUAGUAUUUAGCUUGUGCUGGAGCAGAUGCCAGCUUUACCCAACUGGCCCAGAGCUCUAUUCAAAAUACAACAGUUUACAGCUGCAGAUAUUUUUAAAACUUAACUUGGGAACAGCUGAACAAGUCAGCAUUACUCUGAUGGCUAGAAGGAAGGUAGUGCAGCUGUAACUUACAGCUGUGAGAUUCACUUACAAAGUGUUUAUUAAAAACUAGGCUUUUGCUCUCUCUCAAUUGCCAUAUUCAAAUUCGCUGUCAGUUUCAUUUUAUCUCAAUCUUCAUCAGUUAAGUUGCUUUUCAUGAGAUGCAGGAAGCAAAACCUGGGCUUCUAGGGAAUUAAAAAUCAGAACAAAUAGUAGAUGCAUCCCAUUUUCCUAUGCAACAUCUUUCACAGAUGCUUCUGAAAGGUGAAACCGUCUCCGACUGUACGGUUAGCUUUAAACCAGACUUGUCUCAAUUACAUCUAGUAUUUAAAUUUUUUGUUUUUAAAUAUCUUUCAUAUACUCCUUUCAUUUGACACAACGGGAGAUUUGUAUGUAGUUUAAAAGCUACUGCACCAAAUUCAUAUCACACAUAACUAUUAACUUCAGCUAAGUUACAUCAGGACUGAAUCUGUCCCAGUGUGCUUGGGACCAAGUGAGAGAGAGAUAAUUUUACACUCUGUUACCUUGUUUUGUCAGGAGUUCACUUAACUUUGUUUGGUAUGUAGUUGACAUGAAGCCCAGUGCUUGUUUUGGAAAUGUUGUGAUGAAGGGAGCAUAGAUGUAAAAAUUAUUUGUAUUUUUAUGAAAAUACUAAGUCUGCUAUGAAACUUCCAUGAGCU